CAAACCGAGGCGCCGACGAGAUCCACAACUGCAGGGGUCUCUCCCAACCUGCUUGUUAUCUGAUUUGGUCCCCGCCCCUCUUUGGGACAUCCCCCGUUUUAAUGUAUUUUUUUUUUUUCCCAAUGACAACAGAAUUUAAGAUUGACUGGCCGCCAUUCCGAAUUGUCCGUCGAACCGCCCCUUUCUCUGUUCUUCCGGGUCAUUGGCGUUGCUGCACAUUUCGCUCACUUCCAUCCCAUAUCGACCGUUUUCGUUGUCUUAGAAUUUUUUCCAUUUGUUUUCUUUUUUGUCUGUUGUGAGCUUCAGCAGCUAUAAAGUUUUGUCAACCUAACAGAGUUUGACAGAAAGACCGGCUGAUUGUUCGGACCGCAUCGCAUUUCGCCCAUCAUGGAUAUCGUUCUGGAAAUCACAGAUACCUUCCUAUGGGACUAUAUGUAUGCCUUUGCCGCACCGGCCACCGCUCCGCCCUAUGACUACCCCAACCUGUCAAAUGGCACGGCCGUCGCGCACAAUGGCUGGGAAUACAAGCCCUCGACCGCCUUCUUCUCUCUCCAGCCGUCACAGGCUGCGUACCAGAGCUCCCUGCCUAGAGAUAACAUAUAUCGACAAGGUUUCUCUCUGUUCUUGAUUUACUGGAUAUUUGGCGUCUUAGUAUACUACAUCUUCGCGACAGCGUCGUACCUGUUCAUUUUUGACAAGAAGCAAAUGGAGCACCCCAAGUUCCUCAAAAACCAAAUUAAGCUCGAGAUGAUCCAGGCCAACAAGGCCUUCCCUGUCAUGGCUAUCUACACCGUCCCCAUGAUCCUCCUCGAGAUCCGUGGCUACAGCAAGCUCUACGACUCCCUCGACGAGGCUCCGGCCUGGUGGUACAACUACCUCCAGUUCCCGCUGUUCCUGCUGUUUACCGACUUCUGCAUCUACUGGAUCCACCGCUGGCUGCACGUACCAUUCAUCUACAAGCGCCUGCACAAGCCUCACCACAAGUGGAUCAUGCCAACGCCGUUUGCCUCGCACGCCUUCCACCCCCUCGACGGCUAUGCCCAGUCAUUCCCUUACCACCUCUUCCCCUUCAUCUUCCCGCUGCAGAAGGUCGCUUACAUCGCACUUUUUGUCUUUAUUAACAUCUGGACCAUCCUGAUCCACGACGGCGAGUACGUCGCCAACAACCCCAUCAUCAACGGCGCCGCCUGCCACGCCGUUCACCACUUCGCCUUCAACUACAACUACGGCCAGUACACCACCCUCUGGGACCGCCUGGGCGGCAGCUACCGCGAGCCCGACUCUGACCUGUUCGAUCCCAAGGCCAAGAUGUCCAAGGAGCAGUGGAACAAGCAGGCCCAGGAGAUGGAGACGCUGGUCAAGCAGCUCGAGGGCGAGGACGACCGCGUUUACGGUGUAGUCGGUGACAAGAAGACGAGGUAAACGACCAGUUCCACCGGGACACAACUUUAUGGUAAAAUCAUGGAAAGUAUUCUCCUCUGAGACCUUCCAAGUCGAUGAGGGGAUUACACUUCUGGUUUUCCGCGCUUUCUUUGAAUUUCAUGUACAUAGAACGGUUUAUUGGUCCUUUUUUUUGGCCAAUCUUUUUUUUUUUUAUCCUUCUCCCCCCUUCUUCUUCCCCCUUUUGGGCCGUCUCUUCCGGGUGUAGAGUAUUGCGAGAGCGAGCAUUUCAUUCCUGGGGGUUGAUAGAAAUGAUCAGCUGCCGCCCGGGACUCAUCAGCGUUAGACUGCCUGCUUGUCUAUCUUUUUCUUCUUAUAUUUUUCUUGUUGCUGGAAGCAUUUUGGGUAGAAUAUCUUUAAUCACUUAAUGACCAGAAAAACCAUCUAAGAC